AACAUUAUAUGAAAUUUAUGAUGUUGCAUAAAUACACUCCUUGGUGACAACAAGACAAUCUGAGAGGAUAUUUGAAUCUUCCUCAAUUAUGUGAUUAAGCAUUGAUUUAUACUUAUCAUCAAUUUUAUAUUUUGGUACCCAUUCGUGGGAAGAAAAAUUAGAAAGGUUGAGCAAAAGGAGGGCUCGUUAAAUGCGUGCACCGAACUUUGUUGGCAACCCAGACAGAACUCUCUUUCACUGUUUGUCACGUUUCCUCUCAUUUCUCUCCCUCUUGACUGCGACAAUGCUAAAGGAUGAUGGUUAGCAGUAGUAGUGCAGAAAAUUUAUUUUUAUUCUUUUCUAGUACUCUAGUCUUUUGGUCUUGUGGUGUUGAGUUGAAACUAGAGUUGAAGAGAGUUCACAUUUUUACAUUUAACUACUUUAGUAGCAAGUACAUUGGCUGGAAUGGUCUCUAGUUGAGCUUCUUCAAUGUCCUUCUGAGGUUAGGUUAGUUGAGUCUUAGUUAGCUCAGAUUAAUCGGUCUUAACUCUGUUUUUCUUCUUAAAUCAUACUCUCUUUUAUCAUUUUGGUUAAUCUGUUAAAAUUUUAAAACAAAAUAGUUAAUUUUUCUUUUAAGUCUUAUUCAUAUUGUUCUUUCCUAUUUCUAUUCUAUAUACCUCUAUGAAUUAUGAACAGAUGGGGUUGGGCAAAACCUUGCAAGCCAUUUCUUUUCUUAGUUAUUUGAAGGUCCAUCAGAUAUCACCUACACCAUUUUUGGUAUUAUGCCCUCUCAGCGUGACAGAUGGUUGGGUAUCAGAAAUUGUCAAAUUUGCUCCAUGCUUAAAAGUUCUUCAAUAUGUUGGAGAUAAAGAAACCAGAAGAAAUGCACGCAGGCGUAUGUUUGAGCAUGCAACUGAGCAACCAGUAUCUGAUGUGAGUUUAAUGACAUUGUGCUGUUUCCUUUCGACAUUUUGUUGACAACAUAUGACAUAGCAUUGAUGGACCAGGAUUUCCUUUCUCAGAUACCUUGGCAAUAUGCUGUCAUUGAUGAAGCACAGAGACUUAAAAACCCUUCAAGUGUUCUGUACAAUGUACUUCUAGAGCGUUUUCUUAUCCCAAGGCGGUUAUUGAUGACUGGAACUCCUAUUCAGAACAAUCUCAGCGAACUUUGGGCUUUAUUGCAUUUUUGCAUGCCUUCAGUCUUUGGUACACUUGAUCAAUUUAUUUCUACGUUCAAGGACUCUGGAGAUCUUACUUUAGGUCAUGGAAAAAUAAAUGGACAUGAACAUUUUAAGAGUUUAAAGUAUGUACUAUCAGUCUUCCUUCUAAGAAGAACAAAAGCCAAGCUUAGUGAAUCUGGAGUUCUGUUGCUACCACCUCUUACUGAGACAACGGUGAUGGUACCUUUGGUUAACCUUCAAAGGAAGGUCUACAUGUCAUUAUUGAGGAAGGAGCUGCCUAAACUACUUGCCGUUUCGGCUGGAUCCUCAAACCAGCAAUCUUUGCAGAAUAUUGUGAUUCAACUUCGAAAAGCUUGUAGCCAUCCUUAUCUGUUUCCUGGUAUUGAGCCCGAACCUUAUGAGGAAGGAGAGCACCUGGUUCAGGCUAGUGGCAAGCUUGUGGUUCUCGAUCAACUACUUCAAAAACUGCAUGAAUCUCGACACCGUGUCCUCUUAUUUGCUCAAAUGACUCAUACGCUUGAUAUAUUACAGGACUUCCUGGAGUUGCGGAGCUUUUCCUAUGAGCGUCUUGACGGAUCAAUUCGAGCUGAGGAGCGUUUUGCUGCUAUCAGGAGCUUCAGCUCGAACAAUGCUGGGGGAAGUUCUCAAAAUACCUGUAAUGAUGCUUUUGUUUUUUUGAUCUCCACAAGAGCCGGGGGAGUUGGUUUGAAUCUAGUGUCGGCUGAUACUGUUAUAUUCUAUGAACAAGAUUGGAAUCCACAGGUGGACAAGCAAGCUUUACAAAGGGCACAUCGAAUUGGUCAAAUAAAUCAUGUGUUGUCUAUAAACCUAGUUACAUCCCAAACUGUCGAAGAAGUUAUUAUGCGAAGGGCAGAAAGGAAGUUGCAACUUAGCCAAAAGGUUGUAGGUGAAGAUUAUAUUGAUCAGGAUGCAGAAGAUAUUGUAGUGAAUGAAACUAGUGACUUGCGAUCUAUCAUAUUUGGGUUACAUGUUUUUGAUCAGGGCCAAGUAGACAAUGAAAAAUCAGGAGAGUUUGAGGUGUCAAAUGUCAGUGCCAUGGCUGAAAAAGUCAUUGCUCUGCGCCAUAAAAAACUAUCAAACAAGGAUGAUACAAGAUUUUUUAUUAAUCCAACGACUUUUUCAAAUGGUUGUGAUAUUUCUAUCUACGAAGGUACUACCUCUCUCAAUUUUGACCCAGGCCUUGAUGAGGUGUCAUAUCGCUCUUGGAUAGAGAAGUUCAAGGAAGCAACUCCUUCUGGUGCUAACCAAAUCAUGGAGUUGGAAGACCGGAAAACUUUAUCUAGAGAUAAGAGUCUAAAACUUCAGGCGGCAAAGAAGAAAGCAGAGGAAAAGAAGCUAUCUAAAUGGGAAGCCCUUGGAUACCAUUCAUUAUCUGUUGAAGAUCCAAUCCUACCUAAUGACGGUGAUCUAAUUUCAGAUGCUGGCUCUGUUUACUUUGUCUAUGGAGAUUGCACACAUCCAUCAGCGACAGUGAAUUGUAUAUCUGAGCCUACCAUCAUAUUCAGUUGUGUUGAUGAUUCCGGAAGCUGGGGGCAUGGUGGAAUGUUUGACGCGCUAGCAAAACUUUCUGAAAGCGUCCCUUCUGCAUAUGAACGAGCUUCUGAAUUUGGGGAUCUACACCUUGGUGAUCUUCAUCUCAUAAAACUUGAUGAUAACAAACAACAGAGUGAUAAUGCUCCUCAAUGGGUUGCUUUGGCUGUUGUACAAUCUUAUAAUCCAAGGCGAAAAGUCCCAAGAAGCAAGAUUUCUCUUCCAGAUUUGGAGAACUGCAUAUCAAAGGCAUCAUCCUCAGCAGCACAACAUUCUGCUUCAAUCCACAUGCCACGGAUUGGUUACCAAGACGGAUCAGAUCGCUCCGAGUGGUACACCGUGGAACGUCUACUCCGAAAAUAUGCUUCCAUCUACAACGUUAAAGUCUAUGUGUACUACUACCGAAGGACAUCUUAGGAUUGGCCAUUCUCGGCAACUGUUAUGUACAUGAUUUUGCCGAGUAUCUAACAAAAGGUUUUCUAGAUUUGAAUGUAUUAAAACUAUCUUUUCUUAUAUUAUGAACUAACCUUUCCCA